AUGCAGGAGAGUAAAUUUAUUUUUUCAGGAACAAUAACCCAUCGCUUUCCAAAUCCUGACAAGUAUCCAGAACAAUUCAAAUCUUGGGUCACACUUGUUGGUGGCAAGUUGGAAAAAUCUUCGGAUUAUGAGUACCAUAAGAAGAGGAUCAUUUGUGAUAAACAUUUCAAGAAUGCAGACAAAAACCGUAAUCACCGGUUAAAUAGAUUAGCAGUGCCUUCACUGCAUUUACCUGAACAAAGGCAUGUUGACAACUUGGAAAUUUCGCAUGCUACUCAGCCAAACAUUAAUGAACAAGCCUCUACCUCAAACUUACAACAAGUUUCUAUUGAAGCACCACAGCAGGCUGCAUUACCAAUCAAUACGGAACAAAGGCAUGUUGACAUCUUGGAAAUUUCGCAUGCUACUCAGCCAAACAUUAAUGAACAAGCCUCUACCUCAAACUUACAACAAGUUUCUAUUGAAGCACCACAGCAGGCUGCAUUACCAACCAAUACGGAUGUUUUUGAAAUGCCUCAAGCCGCCUUCUUUCCGCAGUUUCAGAGUCUCAGUACACCAACACAAAGCAAUUCCGCAGCUAUAACUCAAGAUACGAGUGCUGCUCAAGCUCGCGCCGGUGUAAUCAUGGAGCAUAAUUACAGCGUGAUAAGCAAAUCUAAAUGGGCGGGAGGUGCUUUGGGCGGUCAAGAUGGGCUGAAAACAAAAUCAUCUAGCACCAGCUUAGCAGAAUCAAUCUCACUGCGUACAAAAAUCAAGCGGCUACGUACUGAGAUAAUAAGGUUACAGAAAAAAUCCAAGUCAUUUGCAGCGAGGCUGGCAAAUGCCGAAGACCUCACAACCAAUCCUGCAUUCCAGGAUAUUGUAAAUAACAUGACAAAACCAGCGCGACUAUUUAUUUAUGCAGAUGCAGCAGCAAGCGAAAAAAACACCAAAAGGACGACGCUUCACUGUUGAAGAAAAGGUGUUGUCAUUAUCUGUAUACAAAAAAAGUCCGAAAUGCUAUGCAUUACUUCAUAAAUAUUUUACCUUACCAUCUACAAAAGUUAUGAAGCGCUUACUGGGCCAGAUAAAACUUAGACCGGGGA